CUCGUCGCUGUUCCCCUCCCCUUCCAUCUCUCUUUUCUGUUGACGUUUGGCUUUUGUGCCUGAUUUACUAAUUGAGCGCAAUCUUCCUAUCAAAACCACCUUUACUUUGCUGGACUUGAUGUUUUUAUCGGUAGCGCAUGACCUUGUGUCGACUUGGUCUAGCGCAUUUCGAAAAUAAACGUGUAAAUCUGCCAGAAACGCAAGAUAUUCUCGCAGCAUCUUCAAGGUUUUGUUUCCUUUGUCACAGUGUCUUCCUGCGCUCAUCUGCGGAGGUUAUUUCCAUCGGUCUGUCUGCUCUUCCUGCUGCUGUUUUUCUCCCCACCUGGACACAAUUCACCUCGACCCAAGCUGAAUUUUAUCUUUGAGCCUUGUUGUGGUUUUUAAAUUCAUUUAGGCGUGCAUGUUAUGAUGCUAGGCUAACCGUCCGAAAUAGCUUACGGGCUGCUUUGGAUCAGCAGCUGUCUGGAAUAUUCGAGAGUAUUCGCAUAGGUUUAAAUGUUCUGCAGAGCUACUUUAGUUUAUCAGAGUGUGUUAUCCAUCUCGCGCGGUAAAUUAAUGGUGUGUAUUGUGGUUAGGCCCGUAGGCCGAAUUGUAUAACCCCGUAGUGUUUUGCAUAUCUGGCAGAGGGAGCUUGAUGAUUGGUUGACCAAUUACCAGCCCCUGAGCUGCUGCUGUGUUGGGUUUGAUUAAAGUGAGUCCUAAGUUCAAUUAACGGGUGCAAGUUCAAGCAGCGGAGAGAUAACAGCAAAAUGUUUCGCUACUUGAAUGAUGUGGAUGAAAGCCCAUACAUGAUCUUUCUGAAUACGCCACCUGUCUGCUGUUGGUCAAACAAAGAGAUAGUCCCGCCACCAACUCGCGCCAUUAGUUGAGUAAACGUUGUUGGGGCGGGUCUAAGCAGGUCCCCAAACCAAACAGGGAUCCAUUCACGGCACACAGGCACCAGAUGAGGAGUCUUUUUGGGUCAUUUGGCAUGGAUCCGUAUCCGCUCACCCCUCAGAUACAGCAUCCGCGUACAUGCAUGCAGGUACCCAUCAGAAUCAACAGUGCCACAAAAACAGGGGCUGAUUUGCAUACUUCCAUAAAUUUUCAGCCACAGGUUGGAGCCCUCUCCCCCUUCGGCAUGAUGGGAAUGGGCGGAGGGUUCAUGGACAUGUUCAGCAUGAUGAGUGGAAUGAUGGAUAACGUGGAUCGAAUGUCUGGUUCUCCAAACUGCCAGACCUUCUCCUCCUCCACUGUCAUCUCAUACUCCUCCACAGACCCAGGAACACCGAAAGUCUAUCAGCAGACCAGUGAACUGCGCACUGCUCCUGGGGGUAUCCGAGAGACACGUCAAACAAUGCGGGACAGUGAGAGUGGGCUGGAGCGAAUGGCUAUAGGGCAUCACAUUGGCGAGAGAGGUCAUGUGAUGGAACGUUCAAGGAACCGACUCACGGGUGACCGUGAAGAGAGACAGGACUUCUUCAACCUGGAGGAGAGUGAGGCAGAUGCCUUUAAUGAAGAAUGGAGGAGGGAGGUGGGGCGAUACCGUCCCCCUAAUGCCCGUAGUUUAGAUUAUGGGCGUGACCGGAGUGGAGGGGUAGGACAGCAGCUGGCCCUUACAGCACCUCCAAGCUCUUCCUCCUCUCCCUCACCCCGCCACGAGUCACCACGCCACCAUCCUCCCCACUCCCGCCCACGCUACGACUGGUGAGAGGUAGUUGAGAAGUUGGAGUGGCGGAAUCUACAUGAUGCUGUGAAAAAUGAGAAGGGAGAGAUGAAAAAAAAAAAGAUAAUUAGAACUGAUGGGUCAAAUGUUUGAUAGAUAUGAACUGUCUCAAUAUAUGUAGUUCGCUCCUUCCAGGGCAGAGUGCUGGCAUGGAGUAUCAUAGCAGGCUGAAAUUAUUAGACUGCAUCUCUGUUGUGUGGCCGGCCUGUGUACUUUAUACCAAGUUACUUGUCCCAAAGCAUACACACCAGCAUUCAUCGUAACUCAAACAACUCUUCUACCUUGUGAUAAUAUACACACACACACACAAAUCUUUGUAUUUAAGAGAAUUCUCAUGCUUCCAAUAUUUCAAUAUCCAAAUAUUUAAUAAUACACUACACACGCAUAUGCAUUUACACACAUUCACUGUAAAGUCCAUAUAUGUUUGUGUUGACACUAGGGUAUCUGUGGGUUUAACUGUACAAUGCUGACUAAUUAAGCUUAUUAACUAAUAAAAAAGACCUUGUUACUUCA